AUGGCUUACGUCAUCCGAUUUUAUAAAAAUACUCUAAGAAAUCAUAGUGAUAGAAAGAAAAGAAAAUUGGAGGUAGAAGAGAUCGAAGCAUCUGAGAAGUUCGUUUUGAAAGAAAUUCAAAGAGAAUCUUUUAAUGGAAAGAUAAAUUUUCGAACUGUGAAAGACAGCGAUGGUCUCUUACGAGUUGAGACAAGAAUAACAUCGAGAAAAGACUUAGAAACUUUUAGAUUCCCUAUAUUAUUGCCUAGCAAGCAUGAUUUGGUGGAAAAAUUAAUAAUGGACAAACAUAUUGAACUGAAACAUGCCGGUGCUCAAACUUUGAUGUCUCACCUCAGAGAGUCGUUUUGGAUUAUUAAAACCAGAAAGACAAUUCGAAGCGUCGUAAGAAAUUGCGUCAAGUGCAAAAGAUUCUCNAAGCAUUCCACUCCCAGAAGAUCGAGUCAGAGACGCAGCUAUUUUUGA